CUCAAAUUUAGACUAUGCUAUAAGGGUCCAGUAACUUUCAAGCACUUGCAAUCGCACCUUAUCGAACAUUGGUGGAAUAAAAAUUGAUAUUACGUAUAUUGACUUGUGUAUAUGACCUGGAGCUGUACUUGAGUAAUCAUCAACAACCCAGUUAAACGAGACACCUUUGGUUUGCUUCUCGUUACAUUCGUAUCGCUUCGAGUAGAUAAUGUGACUCAGUCCAACGCUUGCGCUCGUCGCACCCCUUCCCAUGCAGCGAAUGCGAAGAAUAAUUUCACCGAGAAUAAUUAAUCCCAAUAUGAGAAAUUGCUCAUUACGCGUGGCGCCAUGUGCAGCAUCUGCUUGUCGUUGUCGAAGAUUAGCAGCGCUUGUAUAAAUACUUCUGUUGUAUUCGUUACAUAGACAUCCUCAUCGAAUUCUAACAAUUGGACAUUGCAAUGAAGCUGAACUUUCUGAACAUUAAUCUCUUGUUGCUUCUGCAAUUCUUCCACAAGGCUGCAGCCGAUGCGACAUUUACUCUGAACUCAUCUGUCACAAAUGCUACUGCUUACAUAAAACCCAGCAAGGGCAAUAUUGGUGAAAUUCUUUUGAAUAUUGAUCCCUCAAAUGACAGGGCAUUUUCAUAUCUUCUUUAUGGUCCUGGAACCAUUGGGUUUUCCUUGGGCGAUGAUGAUACCCCAUUUGCUAUUCAUACGGGAAAAGACAAAGUAUUGUCUAUGGGUAUUCACAUCCCAUAUGGAAACGAAUCCCUCGCUGCGUGGGCACUUUUGGAGAAAGCCGGUGAAUAUUCUGUUGUGACACGGUCGUUGUAUUCAAACGAAACGGACUAUCAAGUCAAAGUUUCAUUUAACGAUAGCAUUGAUGGACACUGUUCUGCGGCUUCAAGAACCGGUACAUUCUGGAUAGCAUUUAGUCUUGCUGCUGCUGUUUUUCUCUCGUGUUUCAAUCUGUCUCUAUAAACGGACUUGAAAACCCAGUCUCAAGUAAGUCCAGCUAAUACCAAUGAUAGUUUGCAUUGGGUGAAAUUCAGUUGAAUAAAUCUUACAUAGUAAUUAUAAUGAUGCCAUAUUUUGCCCGAUUCUGUCUAUAUAAAUGUAUUUAAUUGAGGUCCACUAAAUAGCAACUAUUAUUAACGAUUACUUUAACGAAACUGAAACUUUCUUUGAUUGCGA